AUGACGGUAUCCAUUAGCUCCACCCUGUUGCUGCUGGCUGGCAUCCUGCUGGCGUCCACCCUCCUGUCCUUCCCCCUCGCACACGCCGACCAAGUCGCCGAAGAGGCCGCCGACGGACCUGACAGGCGGACCCGCAGGAGCGGCAGGGUGUCGAAGCCGUCGACGCCAUAUGAUCGGCCAGGGGCAGCAAAGGGGAAGAGAGGCAAGCUCACCGCCGAAAAAGCACGCCUCGCACUCGAAUCAGUUGGGAUGGAAGCACCCGAGGCGGCGGCGGGUGCCGGGGCCGCACCGUCGGAUAGAAUUCCACCCCGCGGUACGCACGACACACCACGCCAUGCAUAUCAUACGCACGUGUGUAUGUAUGCGUGGGUUGCCUGGCGCAACGCGGACCUUCCAUGGAUUGGCUGACUGACGCACGGACGAAUGGACACAUGGAUGGAUGGAUGGAUGGAUGGAUGUGCAGAGCAGUGCCUGAUAAUUACGUGUUCGUUCUGGCUGGUGCAUGAAUUCAUGCCCCAUCACUCACUCACUCUUUGGCUCCCUGUCUGUGUGUGCGUGUGUGUGUGUGUUUGGCAGAUGAGUGCCCCAAGGUCGACCCUGGUGCCAUGGGGACUGGAGUUCACCUGGCGCCGCGUUCAGAUGGCUCAAUGCCCUUCACCAUCUUCCACUGGGUACACAUGCAUGCAUUGCAUGGAUGAAUGGCAUCCCAUCCCACAAGGCAGGUGGGGUGCACCGUGCACCAUCCUAUUACCUGGCCUGGUGUUAUCAUACCUAUUUGUUGGCUGACCUGACUGGCCAUAUGCGCACAUCCAUCCUCACACCCAUCCAUCCAUCCAUCCACCGGUAUAUGUCUGUGUGUGUGCAUUAUACGUCAGAAUUUGGAUUGGAUGUUUUCACCCAAUGCCCCGCGCGCCGAGUGGGCCAGGAGUCGUUACGAGGGUCGUGAGAAGGAGGACCUCAUCAAGGAGUGCCCACAGAGGUGGGAGCCGGGCGAAGAGUGCGACCACUUAGAUUUCAGCCAAGAGCUCGGUAUGUCAACACACACCACACACACACACACACACAGGGGCAGACACUGAGGUUUUCUCCCGUCCGCUGUGUAUGUAUGUAUGUGUGUGUGUGCAUCGUGCGUCCAUCUGUCUGUUUGCUUGUCUGUGUGUGUCAGAGUGGCCGUCUGGAUACUCUUUCAAGUGGACGCCCGGCGAAACGGGCCGGCCGGAGACGGAGCGUUCCACGCCCUGCACCGGGAUGAGGGUGCCGGGCGCCGGUCUGAUGCACCCCUGCAUGAAGCAGUGGGGCCGCAUCAAGGCCACCGGCAUGUGGAUCCGCUGGCUCUGGCAGCAAUACCAACCCAACGUCAUCAGCCUCAACGAGGUUCGUAAGCUACAGAGCCACUCAGGGUGGGCCACGUGGGGUGUCGUGGGGCGAUCCAUUGAUGGUGAUGGGUGGGUGGGAUGGACGGAUGGACCAUAGAUAGACCCAUGGAUGGAUGGAUGGAUGGAUGGACGGACCAAUCAACCAGCCACUCACUUCUUUCUGUCUGUCUGUCUGUGUGUGUGUGUGUGUCUGUGGUGCAGAUCGACGGGUGCACCACGUUGAAGAAUCUGCUGGAGGCCUCCGGGCUCAACAACCCCCAGCUGACGGGGCCAGGGGUCUUCUGGCCGUACCACUACAUGGGCAAUGACUACCGCAGCAACCAGCAGGUCGGUUUCCUCACCAACCUGCUCCCAGAGACACAUGCAAACGAACUAGCCGCGCAAUUCUAUUAAGAACAGCACACAGGACACUAACGGACAGACAGACAGACAGACAGACAUGGGGAGAGGGACAGGGAGAGAGGGAGAGGAGAGGGUAUGCAUCACUGUCUGUUUUUCUGUCUGUCUGUCUGUCUUUCUGUGUGUGUCUAUCUAUCUAUCAGCCACAAGGGUGUGGAUACCAGCGAUUUCCCUGUGACGAGCAACAAGGAGUGCCAGCAGUACUCUGGUCACGAGCGCGGCAAGGACUACAACUUCAAGAAGCAAGGAGCCAUUGGCCUCAACAAGAACGUCAUGUUGGGCGUCGACGUAUACGGCCGCAAAAUCGCCCUCCUUACCGUGCACCUCAAAUCCAUCCCCAACGGUAAGACAGACAGACAGACAGACAGGGACAGUGGAUCUAUCUGUUCUGUGUCACCCACCGGUGGGUGUGUCGUGACGCCACCUUUACAUCCAUCCGUUGGUGGCUGGGGUGGCUGGGGUGGCUGCAGCGCCGGCCAACUGCAUGUAUCGAGAGGUGGAGGCCAAACUGAUUGACCAACUUAUCACGUAGGCACCGUCCCUAGCGCGGCACACGACCGCCAAUCCCACCCCCCACCCCCCACCCCCCGCCCCACCCCACCAUCUCUCUCUCUCUCUGUCUGCGUGGUGUGUGUGGGUGGUGCCCGCCUGCCUGCCUGUCUGUCUGUCUGUCUGUCUGUACAGUUCGGAGAUCCCUGAGGGUUACGAGAUCAUCCUCUUGGGUGACUUCAACGACUACGACGACAAGGACCCGCUGACGCGCGACAUGCGCCGCGUCCAACGGGAGGGCCGCUUCUUCCAGCACCCCAAUUCCCCCCCCGACCCCGCACUCGACCCAGGCAAGCCCGACACGCCCUACAUGGACUCGACGCAGGACACAUCCGUGAAGGGCAGGGGACCAGCCAACUUCGACGACCACAGCAAGGCGGAAGAGCUGGACGCCGAGGACGAGAGAGAGUACUACCGUCUGGUAUCGGCGGAUCAGGAGGAGUCGCAGAUGUUCGUGGAGCUCGAGGCCAACACGACACAGGAAGAGUGCGAGGAGGGUGAGGGUGGCGAGGGGUGCGCCCUGAUGGGGUCGUCGUUCCUCGAGACCGAUGAAGGGCCCCCGCCCCCCGGCGACGAGGACAUGGAGGUGACCGGGGUUCAGCAGGUUCAGCCCAAGAAGAAGCGCGCACCGCCCAGCGUUGACCUCUACGCCAACAGCUGGGUCUUCCAAAUGAUCAAACACGGCUGGCCCUUGUGAGGCGAGCCACAAACAUACACACAUCCAUGCACACAUGACCCGUAUGUGUGUGUGUAUUUGGCGAGCACUUGUACAUGCAUGUCUCCUUGUGUGUGUGUGUGUGUGUGUGUCCCCCUGCAUGUCUGUCUGGCUGCAGCGGGCCCGGCCGCCAUGGGCAUCGUCACAACACGAAGAGGGAGAUGUUCAACACCAAUAUGGCCCUGUCGCAGGACAAGCGCUGGUCUCUCGAGUUCAUGAAAGCAAGCCAAACCCGUGCGGGGCAGGUCAUUGCGUGGCUGCCCCAGCCAUUCAUACGUUCAUACAUACAUGCGAUGGUUUGUCAAUGUCAAUGUCAAUGCAGGUCAAGACGCAGAUCGACUUCAUAUUCGUAUCAAGGGUGCGGUGCUAUAUCAGUGGCCCACACCCACACCCACCCACGCACACAGACGCAUUCAUCCAUGUCUCUCUCCCUCCCUCCCUCCCUCCCUCUCUCCCUCCGUGUGUGUGUUUUCAGGACUUGUUUCACUGCUUGAAGACCUUCAAGAUCCUCAACCCAGACAUGGCGAGCGACCCCGACAUGGCGAGCAACCCCGACAAGCCAUACUUCACCAGCUACGGCGCCAGCAAGGGCUUCAAGGGCGAGUAAGGCGCACACACGCCACACAGAGACACAGAGCUUGCUUACCCACGUGUGUGUGUGUAUGUAUGUAUGUACUGUGUGUAUGUAUGUAUGUGUAUGUAUGUGUGUGUAUGUGUGUGUGUGUGUGUGUGUGUAGGGACCCGUCGGACCAUUUCCCUGUCGUCGGUGAGCAGCACAUAGCACACACAGACACACAUAUAUCAAUCGCAUCGCUGCACAUAUACACAAUGAAUGAAUGGACGCGUGACGUCCCGCCAUGCGAGUUGUCUGUGUGUCUGUCCUGUGUGUCAGCGCAUUUCGACUUCAAGUUGGGCGGGUGCGAUGCCAUGGCGGGACCGUCGGGCGCUUACUACAGAGAGGCCGGGCGGGUCUGCAACAUGGGCGGCAGGGAGGUGCCCUGUAGCAUGGCCAAAGAAUAA